ACCUAAUACCAUUUAACAACAUGCCUGUCGUCGAAAUCGCAUCUUUCGUUGCAAGCGAAGCUUUGCUCGCCGAUCAUGAUCUCCUGAAGGGUGCCCUCGAGCACGUCUCCAAGGUCAAUGGCUUCAUCAGCGCGUAUGCCGGCGUGCAGGUUGAAGAUAAGAAGACUACGUACCUCGCCGUAGUUUGGGAGACUUAUGAAGCCCACAAGGCCUUGAUGGAUUCUCCUGAGUACCCAGCACUCAUCGAGAAACUCAAACCUGGCCUAGGUGGUCCACUCGUCAUGAACCACGUCCCAUUCAACGAAGACGUCACCAACGCGCUUAGCGCCCCAACCACCGAGGUGAUUACCUCCAAGUUAAAGGACCCCCAAGCUAAGGACCCCCGGCUGGACGAAUCCGCCGCCUUUUUCACCAAGGCGUUGAGCGAGGCCGUAGGCGCUCACCCGCCUGUUGUAUAUGGGGAGAGCAAGGAGAACCCAGGUACCUUGAUCGUCCUAAUUGGCUGGGACAGUGUUGAGGCCCACCUAGCGGCUCGUGCGAAGGAUCCUCGCUUUAAAGAAUACGCUGCGAAAGCGGCUGACUUUACAGAUGCAACUGUUGUUCACGUCAACUUCGAGAAGCGCAGCUAGAGUAUGAUUCGAGUCAGAAAGAUGACAAACAUGUAACUUGUGUAAUCUUAUUAUCAUGAAAGUGUGGACGGAACGCGGCAGCGGCUGGCCACUAGACUU